AUGGCGACCAACAAAAGACCCAACUUUCUGGUUAUUGUUGCCGAUGACCUGGGAUUUAGCGAUCUCUCGGCGUAUGGCUCUGAGAUCGAAACACCCAACCUGGACAAAUUGGCGCAGGAGGGAAUCCGAAUGUCCGAUUUCCACACUGCGGCCUCAUGUUCACCAACCCGAGCGAUGCUUCUAUCCGGGACAGAUGCCCAUAUCGCUGGACUCGGAGGCAUGGCGGAGAGGAUGAACCGCUUCCCGGAGAUUUUCAAAGGAAGAGAAGGAUACGAAGGAUAUUUGAAUUUCCGAGUAGCGGCUCUCCCAGAGAUUCUGCAAGACAAUGACUACUUUACAAUCAUGUCUGGCAAGUGGCACCUAGGGUUGGAAAAAGAACUAAGCCCAUCUGCACGAGGGUUCACCAAAGUCCUCAGUACGUUGCCCGGUGCUGGAAACCACUACAACCAUGAGCCACAAUUGUACGGCGAGAAAGAGAAACCUCGAGCGAUUUUGAAAGAGAAUGGGCUGUGGAUGGAACAUGAUCAGUUCAUUGACGGGAAGAAUGAUCUCCCUGAAGACUUUUACUCUUCCAAUACGUUCACAGACUACAUGUUGAACGGAAUGAAACAGAAAAAGAGCAGCCUUUCUUCGCUUACUUACCUUUCACUGCACCCCACUGGCCCUUACAAGCGCCACCUGAUACUGUCCGAAAAAUAUUGCGGCAAAUAUGACGAUGGACCCCUGGCUCUCCGAGACCGCAGACUGCAAGGCCUCAUAGACAAAGGAAUUGUCCCAGCCGAUGUUGAACCUGCACCUCAUCACACCCUCGACACAACACCCUGGGCCGACCUGCCAGAAGAUGAACAACGAAAAUCCAGCCGGGCGAUGGAAAUUUUCGCUGCGAUGGUCGACCUCAUCGACGUCAAUGUCGGUCGAGUCCGCUCAUACCUCGAGUCUACGGGCGAAUGGGAGAAUACCUUUGUUGUCUUCAUGUCGGACAAUGGCGCAGAGGGCCAGCUUCUCGAAGCCAUCCCCAUUCUCGCAGGGGCUACACUUGAGGAUCUUCUGAAGAAGUACUACGACAACUCUCUUGAGAACUUGGGAAAUCACAACUCGUUCGUCUGGUAUGGUCCACAGUGGGCCUCGGCGGCAACGGCGCCAAACCGCGGAGCUAAAUCCUAUACCACGGAAGGAGGUAUUCGGUGUCCUUGUAUUGUUAGAUACCCAAAGGGCACCAAUCUGCAGCCGGGAAGUGUAUCGCAUACAUUUACAACCGUUAUGGAUGUGCUUCCAACGGUGUUGGACCUGGCUGGCAUUUCACACCCGGGCAACCAAUUCCGAGGCCGUGAGGUAGCUCCCGUGCGGGGAAAAUCAUGGAGACCUCUUCUAGAUGCAUCUGAUGAUCAGCAUGUCACACUAUAUGACUCCGAAAACGACAUUGUGGGCUGGGAGCAGUUUGGAAUCGCCGCUGUUCGGGUGGGAAAGUGGAAGGCGUUGUAUCUCCCACCACCACGCGGGCUUGGAAAAUGGGAAUUAUACGAUUUGUCGACUGAUCAAGGUGAAAUUUACGAUCUGGCAGAAAGUCACAAAGAUAAGCUAUUGGAGAUGAUUGCGCAUUAUGAGACGUAUUUCCAAGAAUCCGGCCUGUUUGAUUCAUAUACGAUGGUUCAGGAGACGCUGAAGAGGCAGGGAGCGAAGCGAUGGUGGUAG